AUGGAACGCAGUGAGUCUGCGUCCUUUUCUCAAUUUUCCAAUGACCAAAUUCAGAAAAUAAGAGAUGUGUUUCAAUUCAUAGACGACGGUGGUGACGGUAAGAUUUCCAAAUCUGAUUUGCUCAAAACGUAUGCAAACCUUGGGAAAAAUGGCAUGGAGUCGCAGGUUGAGGAGAUGCUGGCUAGUGAGAAAGUGACAGAAUUGAGUUUCCCGGAGUUUCUGACACUAAUUGGUGGGAAAUUAACGGAAUUCCCCGAUGAGCAAGAAAUGGCAGACGCUUUGCGGGCGUUCGAUCGCGAUGGGACCAAUGAACUCAAUGCUGAUGUAAUUGAUUUGAGACAAAACUUGAGAGACGCCGGGUUUGAAAAUACUGCGGUCCUCGAAGCAAUCUUGAAGCAGUUUUCCACCGCUCAGCUAUCCGGAGAACGAAUUUUUAAAGGCAGGAAAUUUCUCGAUACCGUGGAAUGA